UGCACCGCUCAGUAUUAGUUGAAGUUGAAAACAAUCAGCGUACGAUUUAGCGAACGAGUUGUGUAGAACCGAACGCACAUUCAAAGUGCCUAUAAUUAAAAAAACCUAAAUCUAAUUUUGUCGUCGAAAGAUCGAAAAUUGAAACGUGUUGAUAGUGUAAACGAAAUGUCGCUAGUUCCGAUUUUGUUCCGCGGAUGGUGUGACGAUUCAUGGGAUGUUCCACCCAGACCAUCGAGCAUACUAGAGAAAUAUUUUGGCCAGGACAUUUUUCCCGACGAUCUCAUUCUGGCAAUCGAUCAAGUUCCCAAGCGUCGGAUGUUGAAACGUCCACGGUUUACCACGGUUGAUCGCCAAACCCAGAACAAUCAUGCAGCCGUAAAGCACACCAAAGAUGGAUUCCAGGUCAGCGUAGACGUCCAACAGUUUGCCCCGGAGGAGAUAUCAGUGAAAAUGGUAGACGACUACAUCACGGUAGCAGGCAAACACGAAGAAAAACAGGACGAGCAUGGUUUUGUUUCGCGACAUUUCAUCCGCAAGUAUCGACUUCCUGAAGGACAUGAUAUGGAUAAAGUGGUUUCAUCCCUUUCCUCCGACGGAGUUCUAACGAUAAGAGCUCCCAAAUUGGCAUUACCGGAGUCGGCUACAGAAACAGGAAGAACAAUUCCGGUAGAGGUGACAAAAGGACCGGUUGAAGGAAACAAUAAUUCCUAAUUGGAGUGACAAAUGAAUAAAUAUAUAAGACUGAUUAGCAUACUUGUUUUAAGCUAUCCCCUUCGAAUAAACUAUGUUAUUGUUAAA